GGUCCCCGAAAGUUCCGGCGUCUCCCGAGGCGGCCGUCCCGGCUCCGGGUUCUCUUCCUCGCUGCCCCGCCUCUUACCGCCCCGGUCGGGGGCGGGGCGAGAAGAGGCGCAGGCGCCGUGAGUGCUCGGGGCUGUUUCCGUGGGAACGGCCUCGGGCGCCCGCAGCCCGACCCUGAGCCCUGCACGCUGGCUGCGGAGCCGGCGCGCCCGGUGUCGGCCUCCACCUCCAGGUCCAGAGGAUGAGAGAGAGAGAAUCAACAAUGAUGAGAAUCAUCCAUCAACUGCCGCCUGCAUGCCCUCUACUGGGGAUCAAGGCCGAAACCCAGGAAGUCAUUAUGUGACUAACACAUUUUCAGAUUUCCUCUCAUUUACCCUGAAGUGUAUAUGAGAAUGACGUGCACUGCCAAGAAAUGUGGAAUUAGGCUUCAGCCUCCAGCUAUUAUCCUAAUCUAUGAGAAUGAAAUGAAAGGGAAAAGUCGCCAGCGCAUCAUGCCUGUCCGAAACUUUUCAAAGUUUUCAGAUUGCAACAGAGCUGCUGAACAAUUAAAGAAUAAUCCACGACACAAGAGUUACCUGGAACAAGUGUCCCUGAGACAGCUUGAGAAAUUAUUCUGUUUUUUACGAGGUAACUUGCGGGGGCAGAGUUUGGCAGAAACAAUGGAACAGAUUCAACGGGAAACAACCAUCGAUCCUGAGGAAGACCUGAACAAGCUAGAUGACAAGGAGCUUGCCAAAAGGAAGAGCAUCAUGGAUGAACUUUUUGAGAAAAAUCAGAAGAAGAAGGAUGAUCCAAAUUUUGUUUAUGACAUAGAAGUAGAGUUCCCACAGGAUGAACAACUGCUGUCCUGUGGCUGGGACACAGAGUCAGCUGACGAGUUCUGAUAUCAAAAACAAAAAUGUAUUGGGCUAGCAGAAACUCCAUGUUCAUACACAGAAUGUAGAGUAGUCCUAGAAAAAUCUGUGAAGAACACUAAAUGUACACAUCAGGUCAUAUUUGGAUUGACCGUGUUACUUUUCAAAAACAGGACAUGUAGGUGCAUUGACCCAUACACAAAAAAAGGCUUCGGGUUUGAUUCCUGGUCAGGGCACAUACUAAGGUUGCUGGUUUGAUCCCCGAUUGGGGCACAUACAGGAGGCAACCGAUUGAUGUUAGAGUCUCUCUCACAUCAAUUUUCUCUCCUCUCCUCUCUCUAAACAUAUCCUUGGGUGAAGAUUAAAAAAAAUUUUUUUCAUUGAGGCACAGUAAGCAAAUUAUAGUUUGAUAAGAUUGGAGGGCAUAUACAGUUACUAGGGAAUUAUCCUGUAUGAUUAUGUCUUUACUUAUAUUUAACUCUGUUUUAUAAGUAUUUAAUUCUAGAGUAGAGUGCCCCUGCACAAUGUGCUGCAGCUACAGUUCAUGUCAUUUGAGGGACAACAGGAGAAUUCUGCCCCUCAGAUAUCAGGAAAUAUACACCAAAGACAUUCUGAAACCCUGAACCUUUUUCCAUAAAAAAGAGGUUUGUUUGUAAAAUGGGGACUCUACCCAUAAUAAAUGAACAAUAGGUACUGCCAGUUUAGGCCUAUUCAUGAAUUUGGAUCUACAAAGAGGAAAUUUUUGUUGGCAAGGUUAUAUGUAUACAGAUAAUCUUUCUUAUUAUUUAAUUGGUAGAAAUCCUGUGUUUUCUGCAAGGAACUUAAUACUCAUUAAAUAAAACUGUAAAAAUUAUUCAUUCUUUCUACCUGUCCAUUUCAACUCUUUACCAUUAAAAGCCUCAUUAAAGGGAUUAUUCUUAUGGUGAUAUCACCAGGGACAAGAUGGUCAUGACUCAUGUAUAUUUGCCAUAGGUAGCAAAAGAAUUUUCAGAAUUGGAGAUUCUUUCAUAUCUACAUAGUAUUCUGUUGCAUAGAUAUAGAUGAAAUAUUUCAAAAGUUGACCUUAGGUUGCGUUCCCCUUUCACUAUACAAACAAUGCCACAGCAAAUAACCUUGUACAUUCUCUAUUUUACGCAUGUGCAUGACUAUAAAUAAUGUAUAGAGGGGACUUGCUGGGUAUGUGCAUUCUAAAUUUUAAUAUAUUACUGUUUUCCUCUGAA